UUAUUGAUUAGAAAGUACUAUUUAGUAUUUACUAUUUACUUACUUAGUUUCACCAGAUACUGGAAAUGAAUCAUUACACACUGUACUGAAUUUUCACCCUAUGCAUUACAGUAAACAGUCCCUGCAAUGAUUAUCUUACUUUUAUAGUUUUGUUUUUAUAUAGGUAGUUUAAAUUUAAAAUUAUACAAGAACAUUUCUCUGGUGGAAAGAGAAAGCUUUUGUAUUGUUUAAAUUUCAAAGGAUCCAACUUAUAAAUUAUAAUAUUAUAAUUAAUAAUUAUUAAAUAACAUUAUUACUAUACAUCGUGUAUUCUAUGUAAUAGAAAUUAAUAUUUAGAGAAAUUUGGUUAAUAUUUGUUGUCUAUUAAAGUAUAAUAAAGAAAUAAAAAAUGUUUCAAAUUCUGUCAACAUAUUUUAAAAUAAUACAAUAUCAAAUUUGUUAUUAUUUUUUGGGAAUUUUCGCCGUUCUUGAUGAUUUAAAAAAUCGUGAUAAAAAUAAGUUUGAAAUUAUCAAGAAACGAGAAAAAGUAGCUGUUAUUACUGGAGGAGCUCGAGGUAUUGGCCUGGAAGUAGUUAAGAAACUAGUUCAAUGUGAGAUGCAUAUCGUAAUUGGAUGCCGCAAUGUGAAGGCAGGUCAAAAAACAAUCCAACAGCAUAUUUCGUCUGAUGCAUCUAUUGAAAUAUAUGAACUUGAUCUUAAAUCAUUUACUUCCGUAAAAAGUUUUGCUCAACAAGUAUUAUCCAAUCAUGAUCAAAUUCAUAUACUUGUAAAUAAUGCUGGAGUUAUGUUUGUACCAUAUGAAAAGUGUGAAGAUGGUUAUGAAGCACAUUGGACUAUAAAUUAUUUGAGUCAUUUUUUACUAACAGAAUUAUUAUUACCAGCUCUAAAAAUGUCAGGUUCGACAAAUGAGCAUGCAAGAGUAAUAAAUGUUUCUUCUUGUGCUCAUGAAGCUUCUCCUUUAAUUAAUUUCGGCUCCAUUAGUAACAGUCAAGGUUAUAUUACAAAUGCAGCUUAUGCAAUGUCUAAACUAGCUCAACUAAUGUCAACUAAAUAUUACAACAAAACACUAGCAAAUACUAAUGUUCAAGUUUUGGCUGUGCAUCCUGGUGUAGUAAAUACAGAAUUAUUUAAUGGAACAUUGUUGAAAAUGAUAAUGCCAUGGAUAUUGAACUAUAUUUGCAAAACUCCAGAAGAAGGGUCACGAAGUGUUGCUUAUGCUUGCAUUUCUCCAAAAUUAGAAGGAUGUGGUGGUUACUAUGCAAAUUGUCAACCUACAAAAUAUUUACCAUAUGCUGAUGAUAAAGAGGCGCAAAAACAACUUUAUGAUACUUCUAUGGUUAUGAUAAAACAUUUUUUAAAAGUAAAUGAAUAGUUUUGUAAUUAUUUAUUAAUUUUUAAAAGUAAAUGAAUAAUUUUGUAAUAAUUUAUUAAUUUUUAAUUGUACGUUUUAAAUUCUAAAAGUUAUUACUUAUUAUAUAUUAUUAAAGACUGAUUUAAUUAUCAAUAAUUUUAUUUAUAUGUUUCAAAAAAACUAUAUAUUCCAGUAAAAUUAUAUAAAAAAAUUUACUAAAAAUAAUUAUAAUUAAUAAAUUAAAAAUAUCUGUU